AUGGCUCGAGAGGGAUUUGAGGACCUCCGUGAAGAAAACCCUUCCGAAGACGUGCCGGAAACAAAGAGGCCAAAACACGAUAGACAUGCUGCUGUGGCCUAUGGACGAGCGCAAACACCCGAAGCACGACCCACAGAUGACGACGAAAUGAUACAGGAGUACGAGGACGAUUUGAAAAGCGAGCUUGAGGCGCUGCAUCGAAAAACCCAAAAUGCCAUUAAGCAGCUCAGAAAGAGCAGGAAAGAGUGA